UCUUUUUUAGUUUUAAGAAACUGUACUGUAAACAGUCUAUUCAUUCUUGUGAUUCAAGAGGAUUGUUUCUCUGGACCUCUAAUAUUUGCCAACCCCAAUGGAAAGGCAGGGCGCCUGAGUCAGUCAUCCAGCCCCUGCCAGUGAGGUGACCAGUGAGUUUGAGGAACAAAAGUAGAUAAACUGUUGGCUCUCGUUUGGGCCUCCCUCAUCCCCACAGUGUGUACUGAUAGUCUGGAUGUUGUGGUCUGACUUAGAGGAUUCCAUGUGAUCUUCCAUCUCUACUGUUUACAGCUUUUCCUCCUGUGUCCUCCUGCCUCUGGGUUAUUAGGUUCCUGCAAGUUCUUUGCCAACUCACCAAGACUUCAAGCCAAAGAUGGUAGUGAUGAGUAACCUGAGGGUCGUCCUUCAAGCCUCUCCAUGCAAAUCGCUGUGGGGAAGAUUCCAGAUUCUGAGGUCCCUGCCAGUGAGGCCCUGCAGCCUCUACACCUGCACUUACAAAACCCGGAACCGAGCCUUUGAAGAAAGUGAAGCUCAAGGAGGUAAAGUGUUUUUCUGCCAGGUCACACAACUAGCAACUGGAGAACUGGAUUGAAAACCUGGGGACUACACUCUGCGCAGAGCCUCUGACCUCCUACAGGUUCCACAGGCGCAGGCCUCCUGCAACCUCCCUGCUUUGGUCCACUCUGGAGACAGUGUUUUAAGGGGACCCAGGAUUUGGUUUAAUCAGCUACCCAAGCAUCAUAAAGAGCUAAAGAAAUUGGUGGAUACUGUGCUAUCAAUUAAGCAUAAGGACACCCUAGUGAUGCCCACCUGCCUGGACUACUGGACAUACUCGAGAUCCCUGACUACCCCGCCACUCUCCGAGUCUGUCACUUGGAUCAUUAAGAAGCAGCCUGUAGAGGUUGAUCAUGAUCAGGUUCCUGCAAGUUCUUUGCCAACUCACCAAGACUUCAAGCCAAAGAUGGUAGUGAUGAGUAACCUGAGGGUCGUCCUUCAAGCCUCUCCAUGCAAAUCGCUGUGGGGAAGAUUCCAGAUUCUGAGGUCCCUGCCAGUGAGGCCCUGCAGCCUCUACACCUGCACUUACAAAACCCGGAACCGAGCCUUGCAUCCACUCUGGGAGAGAAUGGACCUGGUCCCAGGGGGUGAGCGCCAGUCGCCCAUCAACAUCCGGUGGAGAGACAGUGUCUAUGAUCCUGACUUAAAACCGCUCACCAUCUCUUAUGACCCGACCACCUGCCUACACAUCUGGAAUAAUGGGUACUCUUUCCUCGUGGAAUUUGAAGAUUCUACAGAUAAAUCAGUGAUCAAGGGAGGACCCCUGGAACAUAACUACCGAUUGAAGCAGUUCCAUUUUCACUGGGGGGCCGUCGAUGCCUGGGGCUCCGAGCAUACCGUGGACAGCAAAUGUUACCCGGCAGAGCUGCACCUGGUGCAUUGGAAUGCAGUCAAAUUUGAAAACUUUGAAGAUGCAGCACUAGAAGAAAAUGGUUUGGCUGUGAUAGGAGUAUUUUUAAAGCUGGGUAAAAAUCAUAAAGAACUACAGAAAUUGGUGGAUAUAUUGCCAUCAAUUAAGCAUAAGGACACCCUAGUGGAAUUUGGGUCAUUUGACCCUUCCUGCCUGAUGCCCACCUGCCCGGACUACUGGACGUACUCGGGAUCCCUGACUACCCCGCCACUCUCCGAGUCUGUCACUUGGAUUAUUAAGAAGCAGCCUGUAGAGGUUGAUCAUGAUCAGCUUGAGCAGUUUCGGACCCUGCUUUUCACUUCUGCGGGGGAGAAAGAAAAAAGAAUGGUGGACAACUUCCGCCCCCUGCAGCCCCUCAUGAACCGCACCGUGCGCUCCUCCUUCCGUCACGAUUACGUCCUCAACAUACGAGCGAACCGCAAGCCGCCCGCCGGCCAGGCGAGCCCCCACAGCGCCCAUCUCUAGGUGGUGUUUUGCUUUAAUACAUAAUGGGUUUGUAAACUUACUAACUAAGAGGAUCCGAAACACCUGCACCUAAUACUAAUUAUAGCUGUGCAUUUCCUGUCAUGGCCGCGCUCCUUCAGUCUCAUUGAUGAUGGCGUUUAUCACUGAAGUGGCCGCGAGAGACACAAGUUUCUCUCAGAGCAACCUGCUGGUUAUUCGAACGUCUUUUUAUGUCUGACAUUUUUGAGCUGUCUUUCUAUGUUUAUCAGUUAGUGGUCAUAUAGAGUAAUAAGUAGGGAUGAUAAAGUAUUUAACCACUGGUAAGAGGCACAGACCCCGAGCAUCCAGAAUGCAGGCCUUUCAGAAACAGCCACAGGGCCCAGACUGGUACUUUCUGGCUGGAAAUUGACCCUGAUUUUAGGUAUAUUUUAUUUCAAAAUGUGGAUGAGUUUUCCUUUAUAAGGCCUUCUCAGUGAGCAUGUUUGCCCUGAUCUUUAGUUAUCUCACUAGUGCUUGCUUACUUACUAUCAGUUUAUGAUACAGAAAAAAUAUUUUGUAAUCCUAGGCAAACAAGGAUUUACUGAUAUCUGGAAAUCCUUUUGCUUUUCUGAAGAUCAGAUAUUUUACUUAAAGGCUUAAUCAUUUAGAAAGCAUAUGCAGUAUAGAACAUUUUAAAGAAAAUGUUUUAAGUGCCUAGAACUUAGAAUUCUUUCAUGAUAUAUUUACAGAAGUAUUUUUUCAAAUGACUAGUAAUAUAACAGUCUAUAGUUUAUAGUAUUAUUUUGCAUUAUUUGUACACUGUUUCAUAGACUAUGAUAGUAUUUUCCACAAUGACAGAACUAUCUUGGCUUCCCUUUAAAACUGUCUGAACUUUAUUUCCUUAACUGAGGUUCCACGCAAGGGAGGCGAUCAAAUAAAUCUCCCAAUUUAUACAGUGGCUUAGAAAACUUUUGCUACAGUAAUAGGGAGAGAAACUUGUCAGGCAGACUAAAAC